CUGCACUGCGCGCGGGCUUCCCUCGCGCACACUUGCGCGCGCUCUCUCCGUCUCCUCACAGGAGGCGCCCCUUUCCGUCCUCGCCGGAUAGCCCGUAAAUUCUAAAAAUGGCGGAAGCCCACCAAGCAGUUGCUUUUCAGUUUACUGUAACCCCAGAUGGAAUUGAUCUGCGUAUGAGCCAUGAAGCUCUCAGGCAGAUCUAUCUAUCUGGUCUCUACUCAUGGAAGAAGAAAUUCAUCAGAUUCAAGAAUGGCAUCAUCACAGGAGUCUAUCCUGCUAGUCCAUCCAGCUGGCUUAUUGUAGUAGUAGGAGUUAUGUCAACAAUGUAUGCCAAAAUAGAUCCUUCAUUGGGACUAAUAGCUAAAAUCAACCGGACCCUUGAUACGACAGGCUAUAUGUCCAACCAAACACAAGGUAUUGUCAGUGGGAUUCUUUUUGGGACGGGGCUCUGGGUGGCCCUUAUUUUCUCCAUGCGCUACACGCUAAAGAUGCUGCUUUCCUACCAUGGGUGGAUGUUUGCUGAACAUGGCAAACUUUCCACAGGAACCAAGAUAUGGAUGACACUAGUGAAGCUUUUCUCGGGUCGUAAACCAAUGCUGUACAGUUUCCAGACUUCUUUGCCACGUCUUCCUGUUCCUGCUGUUAAAGAUACCGUAAAUAGGUAUUUGGAAUCAGUUCGACCACUUAUGAACGAUGAGGAAUUUAAAAGGAUGGAAGGCCUUGGCAAAGAUUUUGCACUUAAUCUAGGACCAAAGCUACAAUGGUACUUGAAACUGAAAUCCUGGUGGGCUACAAACUAUGUUAGUGAUUGGUGGGAAGAAUACAUUUACCUCCGAGGCCGUGGACCAAUUAUGGUGAACAGUAAUUAUUUUGCAAUGGAUUUCCUCUAUUUUACUCCUACCAGUGUACAGGCAGCUAGAGCUGGCAAUGCUAUCCAUUCCAUACUGCUAUACAGAAGAAAACUGGACAGACAACAAAUCCAGCCAAUUCUUCUGAUGGGAUCCACUGUUCCACUCUGCUCAGCACAAUGGGAGAGGAUGUUUAAUACAUCCCGUAUUCCUGGAGAGGAAACAGACACUAUCCAGCAUAUAAAAGACAGCAAGCACAUUGUUGUGUACCAUAAGGGAUGCUAUUACAAAGUAUGGCUGUACUAUGAUGGCAGACUGCUGAAACCCCGGGAGAUUGAACAGCAGAUACAGCGGAUUCUAGAUGACAAAUCAGAGCCCCAGCCAGGGGAAGAGAAGUUAGCUGCUCUUACGGCAGGAGACAGAGUACCUUGGGCUAAGGCUCGCCAGACAUAUUUUGCCCGUGGAAAGAACAAGCAGUCUUUGGAUGCUGUUGAAAAGGCAGCUUUCUUUGUGACUUUGGAUGACACUGCUCAGGGUUACAGGGAAGAGGAUCCAGUGACAUCAAUGGACACUUAUGCAAAGGCACUUCUACAUGGCAAAUGCUAUGACAGGUGGUUUGACAAGUCAUUCACUCUUGUAGUGUUCAAGAAUGCUAAACUGGGCCUGAAUACGGAACAUUCUUGGGCAGAUGCUCCUAUUGUUGGCCAUCUUUGGGAGAAUGUGAUGUUCUCUGACUGUCUUGAGCUGGGCUACACUGAAGAUGGCCAUUGCAAAGGAGAAGCUAUUUCAGGCAUUCCUAUGCCUACCAGACUGCAGUGGGAAAUCUCUGAAGAAUGCCAAGAAGUGAUUGAGAGGUCCCUGGCCGUGGCCAGGCCUCUAGCAGAGGAUGUGGAUUUUCAUUCUUUUCCUUUUGACACAUUUGGGAAAGGAUUGAUGAAGAAAACAAAGACUAGCCCUGAUGCAUUUGUGCAACUUGCCCUGCAGCUUGCUCAUUAUCGGGACAUGGGGAAAUUCUGCUUAACAUAUGAAGCAUCGAUGACCCGCCUAUUCAGAGAAGGCAGAACAGAAACAGUUCGUUCAUGUACUGUCCAGUCAUGCAAAUUUGUGCGAGCUAUGGAUGAUCCAACUGAAAGUAUUGAAAAGAAGCGUGCUCUAUUCAAGGCUGCUGCUGAUAAUCAUCAGCACUUAUAUCGUCUUGCCAUGACUGGUUCCGGCAUUGAUCGCCACCUUUUCUGCCUUUAUGUGGUGUCCAAAUACCUUGCUGUUGAAUCUCCUUUCCUUAAGGAGGUUUUGGCAGAACCCUGGAGACUUUCAACCAGUCAGACACCCCAACAGCAUAUUGAUCUGAAUAAGAACCCUGAAAUGGAAUCCAGUGGUGGAGGGUUUGGACCUGUUGCUGAUGAUGGUUAUGGUGUCUCAUAUAUAAUUGUGGGUGAUAAUCUUAUCAAUUUCCAUGUAUCCAGCAAAUUUUCUUGCCCUGAAACAAAUUCCCAUCGUUUCGGAAAGAACAUCAAACAAGCAUUGUGUGACAUCCGUAAUUUGUUCAGUCUUGGCAAAAAUUCAACCAAGUGAUUCCCUAACAGCAAGUCAACUAAACACCCUGUGUUGGGAGUGAGAACUCUUCUGAUCAGUAGCUGAAAACAAGGCAGCUAUGCAGCAAUCCAUUCAGAGUUAUAUAAAUAAGUAUUAUUGGGAGAAGUUCCAACAUCCAUUACUACAGUUGAUCAGAAGAGUUUUCUUCUCCCCAAGAUAUGACUUUUGGUAUUCUCUGUAUUAUUAGAAGAGCUGCAAACCGGCCACAAGUUAAGAUGUCUAGACCUGUCCUAAUCUGGUGUAUAUUUGAUCAUUUCUUACUUUAAAAUCUCUCUACCUGUAUUCUAUAAAUGAAGGGAUGAAAAUAGUGCAUUCCAAUCUCAUGUCAACAAAAAACCUGACUUGAAAAGUACCUGUAGCAAACAAUCAAUUAAUGUAUCUGCUGGGUUUGUUUGUUUUUUAAUCAGUAAGUGACAACUUCGGGCAUUCAUUUUAAAUACAGGCAUUUCAUUAAACUGAACAUAAAAUAAUAUUCUGGCAAACCUAAUGUAAUGUGCUAAGUGAAAAAAAUGUUUUGUUGCUUGGAACUAAGCUUAUAUUGCCAUAGGUCACUGAUGAAAUAUUUGCUCGACCCGCAAUUGCGACAGUUGAACACUUUUUAAAAAUAUACGUGCCCUAGUAUUUUUCUGCGUUCUCAUUUACGUUGUGAAUGGGCCUGCUUUAUAUGUAUUUCAGUACAUCAAAAACAGAGGUUCUAAAUGCAGGACAUUAUUACACUGUGGGAUGUUUUUUAUUAACUUGUAAAUUGUCUGCUAGAUAUGGAAAGCAAAGCUGCUGAACUUGGAAAUAGAGUUGCUGAAUUCACAAUAACUUAUCUAGGUAUAUUUGGGUAAAAGUCAGCACAUUUCUGUAUGGUGUUGCAUAUGAAUGGCCCAACAUGAAAUUUCCUUUGGUUUUAACCUAAUGAAAGCCCUUUCCUUUGAGACAGGAGUAAUUUCUAUGCCAGUUCUUAAAAAAAAAAAAGUUUCAAUAUAAUUUUUUUUUUGUUUCAAAUGGGAGAUCACUUCAAUAUCGGUGAAAGCUGCCACAUUUCAUAACAUUUCCCUAUAUUUCAGGAAAGUUAGCCAUCAGACGCAAGAUUUGUGGGACAAUUCACAGUGCAAGCUAGAGUCAGCCUAGGUGGCACAUUGUCGUUUGCCUUAAGCAACUCCUGUCUUAUGUGCAAUCAUGAAAAAUGGAGAAACCUUCAAUAUACUUAGGUCAUGGUUAAAAUAUGUGGUCCCAAACUCAAAAGACUUAAAAAUAGGAGGAAUGGCAAAUCAUGAAUAACAUUACUAUAUAAUUUGUAAUGAGAAUUACAAGGAAAAUGGUAUGGGGGCUCAUGGCUGGCACAAAGUACACUAAAAAGCCUAAAAAUAUUAACAUUACAAAAAUAUAACAGCAAGUCCUCUUGUCAAUCUUUAAAUAAAACUAAGGAUUUAGAGCAGCAAUUACAUCUGCUUAUAUGAAUUAGGCUAUAAAAGAGAUCAUGCAACAUGUUCAGAGAUUUUAAUAUUCAAUCCUGAUGUUCCAGAACUUAACAUUUAAAACAAAUUGAGGGUGUGAGAAGGAGGUCUCUUCUGUCCUGAGAUGAAGAAUAUUAAUAAUAUUCUUGGUUGUUCAACAUGUCGGCUUGGGUAUAAAAUGAAGGUCAGAUGGCAAUGCUCUGUAAAUAAAUAUUAGAGUACAGAGUCCCCCACAGGAAUGGGUGGAACAUGUUACGUUUGAUUAACUACAGUAAAUAAAUAAAAUUUGGGGUGGGUGGUAAUGAAUCCUAAAAUGCAGCAUGGUGUCUAAUCAAUGUACAGCAGCAAGUUAAAAGUCAGUGUUUUGGAGCUUUGUGCAUAUGCUUUAUAAUGUCCACUGACUAAUAUAUUAAUUUUAAGGUAAAUAAUCUUUUUUAUUAAGAGCUUACUUAGGUUUGACUCAGGUUUUCGAUAUUUCCAAUGUAAUCAUAGUUAAUGCAUUAUCAAUGCAAUUUUUGCAUUCUUUAAGGGAAUGUAAUUGGCGGAGGACAACCUGUUUUUUAUUGCAAAUGUUUGGAGGGUUAAGUUACGCAUUUUUUGACACCAAACAAUUUCUAAAAAGACUUGGUUUGUAUCCUCUCAGAAUGUCAACUGCAUGUAAAUAAUGUUCCAUUGGUUGUAAAUCUUUAAACGCACAGUAAGCAUAGGUUAUCCUUAAUAAAGAAAUUAAUAUUCUGA